AUGACAUCCAACUUCAAAUCAAUCCCAGUCAUCGACCUAUCCCUCGCCAACUCGCCCUUAACCCGACCUAAGCUUCUCCAAGAACUCCACCACGCCCUCACGUGCAUUGGGUUUCUGUAUAUCACGAAUCACGAUGUUCCACAAGACGUAAUUUCAGACCUGAAAGAUGCUCUCCCUAAACUUUUUGCCCUCGAUCCGGCGGUAAAGGAAGAAGUGGCUUUACACAACUCCCCUCACUUUUUGGGAUACAGCCAACGUGCGGGUCUUCCUCUUUAUGAAAGGUUGAAAGGACCCAACCAGUGGCCGUCACAAGACCUCUCUCUUCGGAGCGUCAUCGAGAGAUAUAUUUACGAAUUAACAAACCUCAGCGAGCGUUUCUUACGCUUGGUCGCCGAGGCACUCUCCCUGGACUCCAAGACUCUAUUCUCAUUACUCUCAGAACAGCACCGUCUCAAGCUAGUUCAUUAUCCCGCCUCAGAUCCUGGUUCCGAUUCUAAUAUCCAAGGCGUGGGUCCUCACAAAGAUUCCUCUGGGUGGUGGACGUUUCUUCUCCAAGCAUCGCCCCCAACCGUGAAGGGCUUACAGGCUCUCAACAAGAGAGGGCAAGCUUUCGAGGUGGUUACUCACGGUGUGUGUAAGGCGACGACGCAUCGUGUGUUGUCAGGUCCGUCGGAGAGGUAUAGUGUGCCCUUUUUCCAGGGUGUUCGGGGGAGUCUGACAAAGGAGGAGGCGGUUGGAACUCUAAGGGAUCAUUUUGCUGUGCAAAAUAUGGCGUUGGAGGCAUCCGAGGGUGCGAGUGUUGACUCGGCCUUUUUGAGGGGCAGGUAUGAUACUUGGGGGGAGUCGCAAUUGAGGACAAAGAUUCGGAGCCAUCGUGAUGUAGGGCGUGUCUUUUAUGCAGAUGUUUUUCAUGAUUAUGUCAAUGACGAUAGCUGA